AUACCGGUGAAUCGGUUAUGUGAAAAAUUAAACAAAGUUAAUAAAAAUAUAUAUAUAUUGACACGUGAAUUAAUAAUAUAAUUUAGUCAAAACAAAGAUAGGUGGUAGUGAAAUUAUUUUGGAUAUAUAACACAAAGCAAGAUAAUAUAGAACAAUUGUAUCUACAAUAUAAAUAUAAUCCAAGAAACAAAAUGUGAAGAAAAUUUCUACAAUAUGAGUGAGAAGUGAAAAUAACGUCUAUAUAAUGACGUUCACAGUAAAAAGUGGUUUCAAAUUCAAAAUUUUAAUGAGAGAGUUUCAAAGUUUGUGACAUUCCUAAUUUUUUUUUUAUAAUUUCUACUGGAGACUAGCCGAACUUUAUCAAAAUGUUGUCGUAUAAGUAUUUAAGCGAGGAGCACCUGAAGGGCUUUGAAAAGUAUAAAUAUAAUUCAAAAGAUACGAGCAUCUUCAGCGUGCAUGUAAUGCAUCCGUUUUGGGACAGGUGUGUAGAGUAUUGUCCAAGAUGGAUAGCUCCAAAUCUCCUCACAUUUGCCGGAUUCUUACUGACCGUAUUGAAUUUUUUGUUGCUCUGCUGGUAUGAUUACUUUUUUGAUUCGGCAAUAGGCAUACCUCCAUGGGUGUGGCUAUUUGUAGGAGUGAAUUUGUUUGUAGCCUACACUCUAGAUGGCAUAGAUGGAAAACAAGCCAGGCGGACGGGUACUAGUGGUCCAUUAGGAGAAUUAUUUGAUCAUGGCCUAGAUUCCUGGUCUUCGGUAUUAAUACCAGUUUUUAUGUAUAGUAUGUUUGGAAGACAAGACUUCUCGGCGUAUAGAAUGUAUUUUGUUGUGUGGAAUGUAUUUGUAAAUUUUUAUUUGACGCAUUGGGAAAAGUACAACACCGGUGUAUUAUUCUUGCCAUGGGGAUAUGAUUUUACUAUGGUGGGCGCGACGUUUGUUCUACUACUAACGUGGGCUGUGGGCACGUGGAUUUGGACCAUCCCUUUGCCAUUAGGUUUAAGACCUUCGCUUAUAUUUGAAUCUGUACUUUAUUUUUCGGCGAUGCUCUCUAGUCAAACUGUGAUAGCUUGGAAUAUAUACAAGUCCUACAAAGAAGGUACCGGUAAAAUGAGGCCGCCUUUGGAGGCAGUUAGGCCGCUUUGGCCUUUGAUAUUACUCUUUGUAUCCAGUGCGUACUGGGCAACAUAUUCUCGAAAUCAAGUCGCGGAUAUUGAUCCGCGGGCCCUUUAUAUUAUGACAGGCACAGUUUUCUCAAAUAUUUGCUGUCGCCUUAUUGUUGCUCAAAUGACAGACACCCGCUGCGAUCUGUGGAACUGGUUACUUCUACCAGUAAUUAUAGCAUCAUAUAUUUGCACAGUCAAUCCUUUGUCCUUUGCGCAAGAACGAUUUGUCCUGUAUGCCAUUACCGUAUUAGUGACAGUGGCUCAUAUACAUUAUGGAGUGUGUGUGGUCAGGCAAAUGUGUGAACAUUUUAAAAGAGAUUGUUUCAGAGUACCAAAAAAGAAUCAACAAAUUAAAUAAAGUGUUAAGUAAUUUAAUAAUGUAUAAAGAUCACUAAAUAAAAC